AUCAGUUAUUUAUUUUAAUGUUUUGAUCUUGGGUGAUUUUGCUUGUAAUUGGGAUCAAUUGAGUCCUUAAAUGUGCGUUGCUUGUUUGAAUGAAAGUAUAUGUGGACUCGGUCAAAUGUUCCAGUGGAUGUUAAGGUAUCACAGUGAUUAGAGUCUUGUUUCCCCCCCAAUCCACAAUAAAUGAAUGGGAAAGCUAGUGCUUUUUAACCAGCUGAUGGAUUGUCUAUGUAUUUUGCUGGUUAUAUUUGACCUUAAAAGUAUCCGCAUUGGUAGGUCAUAUGAUGUAUCAAUUACUCACUUUACAAAAGUAGAAUAUUCAUACUGGAGUUUCUUUCUUUCAAUGCUUCCGUCAUUCAGCCACACACAUCUUGAUGAACCUGGAAGGGUUGAAUGGAAAGGCUUCUCAUCAGGGACCAAGGCAGCAGCUGCUGGUCGACGCAGCACAUGAGAAAAUAUAUGUCGAUGUUGUCUUUCAUGUGCCCCUCAGGAAUAAAUGAUUUCCCAAUGACUAAUUCAACUCAUAUCAAAGAGGGAUUAUCUGUGUUGGCAAAGUUCAAAAGGCCUUUGCUUGUCCACGCGGAGGUAGUUUUGGAUUCUGAAAGCAACCUGAACCAUGAUGGCAAAUGUUCUGAUGUUCGGUCCUAUGAAACAUAUGUUAGGACCAGGCCACCCUCAUGGUUAGCAUUCGGCCUAAUGAUGCUUCAACAACUUGGAGGAGUAAAUGCAAUUGGAUUCUAUAAAUUAUGCAAAGUUCAUCAAGUUAUGUAAAUAAUUGUAUUCUUUAUUAUCUAUGUAUACAAUUUAUGUAUCUCUCUAGUAUUUUGGUGAAUGUAUUAUUUGAAUAUAAUUGUAUUUGAUAUUAAAAUAUAAUUAGAUUGUGUUGGAUAUGAA